AUGGCUGUGGGUGCUGUGAGCCAGUUUGGUUUUGGCUGUUCAGUGGUGCCAGGAGGUCAGUGUCGCUCACGGCAGCUCACCGUGCUUGUAAAACAUGAAACUGCUCCUGGCCACCAGAGGAGCCAAGAGGCAGACGCCAGGGAUGCCACUAAUAGCUGUGGCCCAAUGGAGCAAGGAGGGUGGCAGCAGUGGCUGCUGCUGCUGGUGGGCAUCCAUCUGGCUGGUGGCCAGUGCCCAGAGCAGUGCCAGUGUGUCCGCACUGCCCAGGUAGAGUGCUCUGGCACUGGCAUCACUGCAGUCCCCAGCCCCAUCCCUGCAAAUGCCAUGACUCUCCAGAUUGUCAACACGCGCAUCACCGAGCUGGGUGACGCGUCCUUCGGCAACGCCUCCCUGCUGAUCGCGCUGCGCAUCGAGAAGAACAACCUGUCGCGCAUAAGCCCUGGGGCCUUCCAGCACCUGCCCGACCUGCGCUACCUCAGCCUGUCCAGCAACAAGCUGCAGGAGCUCCCUGUGCAGGUCUUUGAGCCUCUGGACAAACUGGAGUCUCUACUCCUCUCCAGCAACCAGAUCCUUCAGGUUGAACCUUCCCAUUUCGCCCACCUGAGCAACCUCAAGGAGCUGCAGCUGCACGGGAACAACCUGCAGGAGCUGCAGGAGGGAGUGUUCGACCAGCUCAGCAGCCUCACCAAGCUCAACCUGGCCAGGAACAACAUCGAGCGCCUGCCGCCCCGAGCCUUCGAGCGGCUGGCGCGGCUGCAAGUGCUGCGGCUCUAUGAGAACCGGAUCCGGCAGAUCCCGGCAGGCACCUUUGAUGGACUGCCGGAGCUGCAGGAGCUGGGGCUGCACCAGAACCAGCUGGAGACGCUGUCCCCAGAGCUCUUCGUGCACAACAGCAAGCUGCAGAAGCUCUACCUGUCCAACAACCUCCUCACCACCCUGCCGAGUGGUGUCUUCUUGCCCCUGCAUGCCCUCGCCAAGAUCACUCUGCAUGUCAACCGCCUGCGGGACAUCUCCCCCGCUGCCUUUGGGCCCAUGCCCAACCUGCGGGAGCUGUGGCUCUAUGACAACGAGCUUUCCACCGUCCCUGCUGCCGUCUUCAGCAACCUCACCCAGCUGCAGCUCCUGGUCCUCAGCAAGAACCGUGCCUGGGAGUCCCUGCCCGCCGGCAUCUUCUCCCCCCUGACUACCCUGCAAGAGGUGAGGCUGCACAACAACUCCUGGCACUGUGACAAGGGCAUUCUGCCCCUGCAGGACUGGCUGGAGAAAAACCCCCACAAGGUGGGCGAGACACCUCCCCUGUGUGCUCAGCCUCCUGCCCUGCAGGGCACUCCCAUUGCCAGUCUGCCGCGGGACCAGUUCCGCGACCCCCAGACCCCCAGUCCCAGCCCCCUGCUCCCCGUUCACAGCUCUGAGACAGCAUUGCCAGGGGGUGGCUGGACAGAGUCCCCCACGGAGCUUCCAGUGCCCCCCCAGGAGGAGGAGGAGAAGAGGGAGGAGGAGGAGGAGGAGGAGAGGGGGCAGUGGGGGCUGACACGCACGCAGAGUGCGGUGGUGGUGGCAGUCAUUGUGCUGGUGGGUAUAGCCCUGCUUGCUGCUCUGGUGGCACUGGUGGUCUAUGGCUGUAGGAAGAAGAGCCAUGUUGUGCUCAUGAGGAUGAAGGCACCAAACGAAGCCUGA